UGCGAUAUGCACUAGAUAUUUAAUACGUAUUCGUCAUACAUGUUUUGAGGGAACGGAUUAACGAAUUAACAGGAUUAUUUACAACAGAGAGAGAGAGAGAGAGAGUAAGUUUGUUGCACCAGAACGUCAGAAGUUCGAUGUUUCGAUAACAAUGGCAAUGGCGUCGCCGGUGAACGAGGAACAAUACCGACGCGAGCAAGAAGCGUUUGUUUCCAAUCAUGGAGGUACGACGCCGCAAGAAAUUAUUUACACGCUUCUGCCGAACGUUUGCAGUGUCCUGUUGACAACGACGAUUUUGGGAGUCUUUAGGAAUUACACUAACAAGAACGUCAGAGUCCUCGUAGAGUUCGUACUAACUGUCAUACCGACUAUUUUGUGUUGUACCGUGUUGUCAGAAUACGUCGGUACCGUAUGCCUCGUAAUGGUAUUCGUUUCUGCAGUAAAUAUAUUGCUGCUCGCAAACAAGGGAUCCAGUUUCCUCGAUUCACCUGUGCCGGUUACCGAUAAGAGACCUUUCAUAACGAAUUUUCGUGCGUUAACCAACAUAAUAACUGCCAUUUGUAUAUUGGCUGUUGACUUCCAAAUCUUCCCUCGGAAGUUUGCCAAAACAGAAACGUUUGGAUACAGUUUGAUGGAUACGGGAGUCGGGUUGUUUAUGUUAGCUAACGCGUUGGUUGCACCGGAGGCUCGAAACGUCUCUGGCCAUCGACAGGCAGGUUUUCGAAAAACUCUAAAGAAAAAUAUGACAAAUUGUGUCCGAAGUUGUCUGCCUCUUUUGCUAUUAGGACUCGGACGUUUAGUUAUUGUCGAAUAUUUAGUGUAUCAGAAACACGUCACUGAGUAUGGAACUCAUUGGAACUUCUUCAUAACAUUGGCUGUGGUAAAAUUGUUCACUAGUAUGAUAACCAGCACUAUCAGCUCUGAGUAUUCAUUAUAUUCAGGUAUUUGGAUAUUAGGGAUGCAUGAAUAUAUUAUGAAUACCACAGAUCUGCUGACGUGGGUUUUGAAUAGUGAGCCGAGAAAUGAUUUCUUUUCUGCUAAUCGAGAGGGCUUAAUUUCUAUACCUGGUUAUGUAGGAUUGUACUUCAUUGGCGUAGCCAUCGGGAGAUUGAUACACUCGACAUAUCAGAACAUGCAUACAGAAUGCACGCUGCUGCACACUUAUAGAGAUAUCUCUAUGAAAGCGUUAAGUUUCCUAUUGGGUGCAAACUAUAAUAAGUCUAUGACGUUGUGUAUUAAGUUAUCCUUGAUAUCUGCACAAGCUUGUAUCGCGACAAUAUUCUGCGCUUUGUAUUUUAACGUCUCAAGAAGACUGGCUAAUAUCGGGUACUGCGCAUGGAUAUUAACAUUAACAACUGUUCUGCUUACUCUCCUGCUGUUUGUAGAAAUUUUGUUGGAUAUAACCAAUUACAUGGUGAGUGAGUCACGUGUCGAGAGUAAAACAGGGAAAUUGCGUAGAAAUUUACGAUUAAAUUUAAAGAAACAUGUGGAAAAUAAGAGAGAAGAGAACUGUGUGGUCGGAAGGACCUUGGAGAUUUUCGAUGCUGUUAAUUACCACGGCCUAUUUUUCUUUCUUCUCAGCAACCUCUUGACUGGACUUGUUAACAUGUCGGUGUAUACAUUGUAUGCGAAAGAACCAACAGCUCUAUCAAUAUUAAUUGUAUACAUGGCUGUGAAUGUAUUUUCAAUAUUGAUACUUUAUAGGUCACAAAUAUCAUUUAAAUUAUAAAAUGUAUAUAUAUGAAGAUAAUAUUCCCGUUUUUUAUGGAUUUAUAAUUUCCGGUUGAUUUCUUGAUCGUACUGGAGAUUCAGUAUUCUUCCAUGAGCGUAAUAUUACAUAAACGAAGAUAUGCCAUGUAAUGUAUAAGCAAAAAAGAACUCAGUGUUCCAUAUACGUAUUACACUCCAUAUUGCUAAAUAGAUAUGUGUGUCGUGUGUAUGCAACUAAGUAGUACACAAGAGGAAUUUGUACUAAAAUAUGUAAGAAUUAAGAGAAAUUACUGCCAAAUGCAACUCAUACAUAUCAAAAUUUAUUAAGCAUUCACUAUUAUUAUUUAUUAAAAUAAGUAUGUACACUUUCUCUCGUAUAAAAAUAAGUAAAGAGAAUUUUCUCGGUAACAAAUUUAAAAUUUAGUGCGUGUUCAGAUCACACCAUCCCUCGUACUAUUACCAUACGCACAAUUGUUUUUAUUUAGUACCUAAAUCUUGUUCAUAACUCAUCUUUGGAUAAUAUAUCCGACUUCUGUCGUAAUCGAAUUACUUCUUCGGCUUUAGGAGUACUCGUUGGCUUUUUAUUAUUUGUCGGCUUGGUGUCAUUAUGCACUCCAGCAUGAUAAUCGUUGUUGAGGAACUUCUUGAACGCAUUAUGAUACUUUACGUGAUUUCUCGCAAGUGAUACGAUUCUCAGGAAUUCUUUCACGUCGAAGCUAUAGUUUGUAAAUUUCGCAUGAGCUCCACCAUCAGGAUGUGUGCCCUGUAAAUUAAGUAUGAUAAUGAUAAUAAUGAUAAUCGUAAUCAUAAUAACGAUGAUUAUUAUUAUGAUAAUAAUGGAUAUGCUCAUUAAUGCGAUAUAAUAGUACUCUCAGGGUAUUAACAUGGUCCCGGAUUAAACGCAUUCUAUCAUGUCAGAAGAAAUACUGCAGAAAGAUCGCUAAGAAAACGCAGCUUAGUACGCAACUAAAUUCAUUCAAAAUAUUUCCGAUCGUUAUGCAAAUUUUAGUCAACAAACUUGAUGUAGUUUCCUUCAACCGCCAACUUAAGAUUAUGUUUGUCAUCAAGUUUUCGGUCCCAACCGGUAGGAAUCGAGGAAUCCGAGUAUUAAGAUGUAUAAUUGUGACAAAUAUUGUAUACACUCAAUAUAUCACUUUAGCAAAAGGUCGUAAUAUGAACGUACCGGAUCCUGUUGCACUAAUUUCGUUGUAUUUUCCCAUGUGAAAUAUUUCACACCUCUCAGACGUGCAAGAUCUUUGUAGCAGUUAGGAUCUUCGCAAUUGUAUCUGAGGAAAAUAAUCGGAAUUUAGAAUCAAGCAUCUUUUUUAAAGUGAAUUAACAUUUUGGAAAAUGAUUAAUCGUAUUUUUUAAGCUGCUCACAUUUCGAAUACAGCCGCCCAAUCUGGUAGGAACAUCAAAUGCGUCAAUCCAGCACCGUGUAUGCCAAUGUAAAUGUCUGAAUUCCUCGUGAUUUCCAGCUGCUUCUUAAAUGGCAUAUUUUUAUUAUACACUACCUGUAAAAACAAAUUAAUCAUAAGUUAUAAUGUAGUAUACUAUAGAUUAUUAUAAACUAUUCUGUGUAGUGGAAGUUUUACCUUUUUAACGGUGUAUUCCGAAUUUUUCCGCAAAGCUUUCACCAACUCAUCUUCGUUCAAGAUCUUUCUGUAGCGAGUGUCUCUACUUAACAAUGUAACGUGGAUCUUUCGAUCCUUCCUUUCGUGAAGAGGUAUUCGAAGUCGGUAUAGCACAUGAUCGCCAAAGGCUUUGAACAAUCCGGAAUUUUCACAGCCAUAAAUCUAAAAAAAAACGUACUCUUUGAAUUAAUGAUGUUCCUUUGAAUAUCUCAGUGAAAGAAUAUACAAUUGGGCAGUACUAGUGGUGUGUUAUAGUAAAGGCCGAAUAUCAUUCGCGGCAACAAGGGAAACACUAGAUUCCUGAAGCACACAGUCUUGCCUCGGAACGUUGUCAAGUCCCACAGUGGAUUUUUCGUGAACACAUCGAAGGUGUCUUGAAACGCCGACCGAUAACUGAAAGCAUAAUUAUGGCUCGACAUCUAACAGUUCGUGGCCUUCAUUUUACGUUCGUGCCAGUUACCUAUAACUUUCCCAGAUCAUUAUAUGAUUGUCAGUGUUGAAGGCAGAUGGGUGCGAGAGAUUCACGUGCAAUGAUGCAUAUAAGUUGAAGAAGUCGCAAAAGUGAUGGUACAUAUUCACUACUAAAAAUCAAGCGCGAUUUUAACAAGAUGACUAACGUGAGCGAUUUAUUCGGGAGAACUUUUCGAACUCACUAGCGUCUAUUUUCAUGAUGAAAGUCGGUUUUUCAAUAACCACGUUGCAAUCGCCAUGAACAAUCGGCCGACGGGAUAGUUUACGGAAAUUUCGCAAUUCAGGUCCCCAAGAUUGCAGCGGGCUUAUGUGAUCCGCAUUUUCUUGCAGUCUCCUUUCGUUCAGCCUGAUCGCGGAGGAGAGAGUUAGAUACUUUCGAAUUUCUCGCGAAGGUGAUCUGCUUUGCUCGCUGAUAUUCGACUUACGUGCAGUAGCCACCUAUUUGGCCUUCUUUUAAAACAUCCAUUUUAUAUCGUAUUGGUUCUUUCCGAUUUAACAAAUCCGUGAAAUUUAGCAUCACAUUUCUCGCCCUACAGAACCUCAUGUGCUCUGAACACUCCAACGAUGAAUCUUCCUAAAAAAUAAAAUGCGAUUAAGCAAGAUAGAUCACGAUUUGCGCACGAAAUAUAAGUGUGUAAUUGUAGCAGUCAUAGUAUGAUUUAGUAUUUGCAUCAACAGACGAUAAAAAAAAGCACAUAAUAAGACGCGAAAUUCGAUUAGCUAUUCCAUCUUUAUUUUUACUUCACACGAUGUCGGACUCCUAUUAUGAUGUAGUGACCUCACCACAAAUAAUGGCUCGCAUAAUAACAUCAACUCUUUUCUUUGUUCGCGCACAUAUCCAAAGUCGCCUUGCGCGUAAUACGUAUCCAAUUGAGCUUUUUUUGUAUUGACCCAUCCUUUAUGAUCUCCUGGACAGUGUGGGACGGAAAAAGAAUUUUCCGCUUUACAGUCUUGCUCGUAGCCCCAACAAGCUUUUGUACCGACAAUAUCCUGAAAUUUAUGAAAAAAUAAAUAAAUAAAUGGAUGAAUAAAUGAAUGAAAAAUUUA